AUGUCCAAUGGAUUGUCAAUCAUGGCCUUCAGGUCCGACUCUGGCUUAGCAAAUGGGUGGAAGGCUUUUAAUAUUCCUAAUAUUCAUCUUAGGAAGGAUGAGAUUAUUCAAGGAGUGCAGAGAACUCGUUCUGCUAAUGAGCCAGUGAUCAAAGAAAUUAAGAAUAUGAUUGGCAAGGAUCGAAGAAUCAAGUUGAAACAUAUUUACAGAUGUCAAUUUUGCAACUGGCUGUUUGGCUCCAGUAACUUCCUACUUAUAAAAGACAACGUGACGAGCAAUGGAGGGGUAGAAAAACAUAGUGGAAAGCAACUCCCAAUUACAAUGGAAAUAAGUUCAUGUUCAAUUCUUUAUUCGCUUCGUUUGUCAAAUAAUUUUAUCAACUAUAACAACAAAUUUUGCUCUCAAACUCUACCCAGAAAUUGCAACAGUUUCUGUUUGGGUCCUUCGUUUUCCUUCAGUUUCCCUAGGAAUUACAAAAUCCCAGGAAAAUUCCUUCAGCCGAAUGGAUUGGCGUCGUUUACUUCCAGCUCCCCAGACCAAAACCCGUCUCUGGAACUAGCUGUUCUUCUCGAAGUUGAUGGGGUCCUAAUGGAUGUGUAUCGCUUAGGAAAUCGCCAAGCUUUUAACAUAGCAUUUCAAAAGCUUGGGCUUGAUUGUGCAAAUUGGACAGAACCUAUCUAUCUGGACCUUGUAAGGAAGAGUGCUGGUGAUGAGGAAAGAAUGCUGGUUUUGUUUUUCAACCGGAUUGGUUGGCCUACUUCAUUGCCAACAAGUGAGAAAGGCACAUUCGUAAAUAAUAUUUUGCAAGAGAAGAAAAAUGCAAUGGAUGAAUUUGUGAUGUCAAAAAGUGCACCUUUACGUCCUGGGGCAGAAGAUUUUAUUGAUGAUGCAUCUAAUGAAGGAAUACCUGUGGUCAUUCUUACAUCCUAUAAUAAGAGUGAGGAAAAAAUUGCCAGAUCCAUUGUGGAUAAGCUUGGACCUGAAAGAAUUUUGAAGAUAAAGAUUGUUGGUGAUGCGGAAGUGAAACAGAGUUUAUACGGUCAAUUAGUUCUUGGUAAAGGAGUAUUAUCCGGUUUGGAUGAGCAACUAGCUAAGGAAGCAAGAAAAGCGGCUUCUGCUGAGAGACAAAAGAUAGCUGAGGAGGUUGCAUCCAUGCUAAAGUUGAGUGUUCAGAUUGAUACUAGCUCAAGUGAAAGCCUAGAGAAGAUUGUAGCUGCACUGCGUGCCGGGGCUGAGUAUGCUGGUUUGCGUGUCAGCAAUUGUGUUCUUAUUGCUGGAAGCCAAUCUGGAGUGUCUGCAGCUGAAAAAAUUGGCAUGCCUUGUAUUGUUCUGCGGAGCAGUUUGACAUCAAGAGCAGAGUUCCCUUCAGCAGUGGCUACAAUGGAUGGUUUUGGAGGUGCAGACCUGACUGUUACUAAACUACGCCAGAAGUUACAAUCCCGAGGUUGAUUCAUGUGCCUCCAACCUGUUUUCGUUUUGCCUAGCAUAACCCUUUUUUUUUUUUUUUUUUUUUUAUGUUGCAUUGAUUAUUCCUAUGUCGUUUUUAUGACAUUAAGACAACUUUGUGCUUGUAGUGCAAAACUAAUUAAUAUUCACUUUGUCCAUAGGCAAUAUAGUUAAAAGGACAAUUAUUAAAAGAAUUGUAAUUUAAUUUAUGAACUUUUUAUCAAAUAUUAAUUGGCUUAAAAUUAAUCUUUUACUAAA